GAGAGAAUCCAACGGGAAGACACUGAAUUCUGUGAGGUGCUUCAGUGCAAUCGAGAAUGCGUUGCGGUCGGACGUCGUCGUCGUUGUCAUCGUCAUCGUCAUCGUCGUCGUCGUUGUGGUCGUUGUCGCCGGGUGCGCCAUGAACAAUUUGUAGCAAACACGUAUCCUCAAAUUCAACAAAAAUUAUCCCUUCAAAAAAAAAAGAAAUACAUAAUUAUUUGCAAAAUUUGUCAAGGCAAUUGCACAUUUUGGUUUUGUUUUGUGCUGGGCGAACGCGGCGUAUGCGUAAUAUAGCGAGCACGAAAACCAGCAACGAAACGGAAAGUGAUGCGUAAUUUGCCAGCAGCACAAAAAGUGCCAAAAAAAAAAAACCAAAAAGCAGAGCAAAGCAGCGAAAAAAUAAAAUCAAAUUCAUAAAAAAAAUAAAAAUACAACAAAUAAUAUAAAAAUAACUAAAUAAAAAUACAAAUCAAAAGCGGAGCAAUAAUGAGUUAAUGUUAUUCAGUGCGGCAACUCAAUUAGCAGGAAUAUAUUAAUUAAUUCGAGAAUCGAGAAACAAAACUCUUUUUAUAUAAAUGCAUGAAAAAACGAAAGUACAAAGCGCAGUUGGCCAAAAAUCAAGUGAAACUUCAACUAGCAGUUUAAGCAAUACAACAACAACAACAACAGCAACAGCCACAACAGUAGCAAAAGCAACAACACACAGCAGCUGCAUACUCAAGUAGCUAAAAGAAAAAAAAAAAGCAUCACCAAGAACAAACAACAACAACACACAAACAUGCAUGGACUUCAUCAGCAUCCACAGCAGCCGCAGUCGGCGUCACAGUCAGCGUCAGCGCAGCCAACGCCAGCCAGCAUGAAGACGUCGAGUAAUGUCCAGCAACAACAGCAGCAGCAGCAGCAACAACAACAACAACACAUAGCCAUACAGCAUCCACAUGCGCAUCAUCAUCCACAUGCGCAUGCACACGCACACGCGCUAGCAAAUCAUCAUCCACACCAUCCACAUCAUCCACAACAACACCAUGCGCAUCCACAGCACGCUGCAAAGCUGUUGCGUCGCUCGCGCAGUCGCAGCCGCAGCCGCAGUCGCAGCCCAACGCCCGACGGCAGCCAAGACUACGAUGUGACGCGCAUGCGUGAAGAGGACUUUGAACGUUUGGCCGUCUAUUUGGUGCCCGAUGUGCAGGCAGAGCGAGGGUUGCCCAAUCGGGCGGAUAAAACGCUGCCGCGCAGUCUGACGCUAAAGUCCUCGAUGGUCUACUCAACGCCAAAUGUUAAGACUGAAGGAGUUUGGAGCAGCGGCGUGAUACCGCGUGGCACACGCUUUGGCCCUUUCGAAGGCAUUCCAACCUCAAACUAUCCAAAUGAUAAGAAUAAGGCGCGAUAUUUCUGGCGGGUGCAGGGAACACGCCACAUAACCUACGGGAAUAUUAAGAUCUUCAAGGACGAUGAUUACUAUUAUUUGGAUGGCUCGGAUCGCUCGCAGUCCAACUGGAUGCGUUACGUGGCCUCCGCCUACAGUCUGCAGGUGAUGAAUCUGGUCGCCUGUCAGCAUCAGGAGAACAUCUAUUUCUAUACCACCCGCGAUAUUCUGCCCAACGAGGAACUGAUGGUCUGGUACUGCAAGGACUUUGCCAGCCGCCUUGGCUACGAUGUGGAUCCCGAGCGCACCAUUUUCGGCGCCUGCAAGCAGGAUGUGGAUGUGGAGGAUGAGGAUGAGGAUGAUGAACUGCCGCACAAGAAACCGCACUAUGCCAUGCCCGCUGCACCCGAAAUUCCCGCCGAGGUGGCUGUCAGUCACAUUACCUACGUGAUGGGUCUGCAUCUGCCAGGCGCUGCUCCCACACCCGCUUCCUCAACCGCUGCUGCUCCCACUUCGGCUUCCUCCACGCAAUGCUGUCGUCGCGGCAGCCCGCCUGCACAUGUCAGCACCACGACGACGACGCCAGCGACGACCACAAGCGCACAUCCGCACAUACAGCACAGUCGACAUGCGUCUGUUAUCAUCGGACAGGACCGUUCGCCUUUGAACAGCUGCAGUGACAAGGACAACGUCAACUCGGCGGUCUCGGAGCAUCAUUACGAGCAUCAGCUGACGCCGCAGGAUGGCAGCGUGCGUUCGGUGCGCUCCGAUGAGGGUUAUCACAGCAACGAGUGCCAGGAGGAUGGUCUGACGCCGCCCGAGGACUCGAGUGACAGCGAAAGCGAGCACAACUAUGUGCUGGACUGUUCCAAGAAGGCAAUUGCCCCCAAGGAAACGGUGAUUGCGCAAGCACAGAAGCCGAGCAGCGUGACGCCCCCAGCGCCCAGCACGCCGCCACAUGCGGCCACGCCCAGCAGCUGUCAGCCGGAGGCGGACAAGAACGAGUACCGCAAGUUCAAGGUGAAGAUGCCGCUGAAGUACGAGUUCAAGAACAAGAGCUGCGUGAAGCAGGAACCGCUCAAGGAUGUCGACGAACAUCUGGCGCCCACAGCGAGUCUGGAGGAUGAGGAGCUGCAUGAACUGCAUGCUGCAGCUGCCGCUGAGGAUGCGCUGUGUCCACCUAGCACCACAACAACGCUGGGUGAGGAAUCAACGCUGAUGGAACCAACAAACUCACAGCCUGCGUCCUCCACGGUGAUUGUGUUGGAGCACAAUCGCACGAUUGUGCCGCUGAGCAAACCCUACUACGAGGCUGAUCCGCCCGCAUUAAGCGGUGAUCGUUAUGUGCGCUUCUCGCAGCCCAGCUCGAGCAUUUUGGAGACCAUUCUGACCAGUCAGCAUCGCUUGGAGGCUGCAGCAGCCGCUGCCAAUGCGUGUCGUCAGGCAAAUGCCGCAACGCCACCGCCAACUUCACCCACUGAGAUGGCCUACAGCUACAAGAAGUCGCAACGCUAUGGCAACGCCGUGAGUCCCGACUCGAGCUCGAAUCUGGGACAGUCGCAGGAGCUGGCGCCGCCACUGCCCGAACAGGAAUUGUCCUUGAGACGUGAGACGCUGAUCAAGGGAGAAUGCGCGGCUCUGAUUAAGGGUGAAUGCUCGCCACCGCCCCCAACGUCGCAUCAUCAUCACAAUGUCAUCUACUCCCCAUCCCGAUCACACUACGAGCCUGGAGCGCAUUCGCCGAACUAUGCGGGCUAUGCUGGCUACCCGGGAGCACAAUCGUUGCAUGCGGCCACCUCCACGUUCCAUUCUCCCCCGCACAGUUCGCAUUCGCCCUUCGACCGGCAGUCGAAUGCUUCAAGCGGCGGCGGCUCGGCAUCGAAUUUGCAUCUGCUGCAGAGCAGCACCCAGAUGUUGAAUCAUCCGUUGAUGCAACCGCUGACGCCGUUGCAACGUCUGUCCCCCUUGCGCAUUUCGCCACCGAGCAGCCUCAGUCCCGAUGGCAACUCGUGUCCGCGUAGCGGAAGUCCGCUGAGUCCCAACUCGUUGGCAUCACGUGGCUAUCGCUCGCUGCCGUAUCCGCUGAAGAAGAAGGAUGGCAAAAUGCACUACGAGUGCAAUGUGUGCUGCAAGACCUUCGGUCAGCUGAGCAAUCUCAAGGUGCACCUCCGCACGCAUUCCGGCGAGCGUCCGUUCAAGUGCAAUGUGUGCACAAAGAGCUUCACACAAUUGGCGCAUCUGCAGAAGCAUCAUUUGGUGCACACGGGUGAGAAGCCGCAUCAGUGUGACAUCUGCAAGAAGCGCUUCUCGAGCACCUCGAAUCUGAAGACUCAUCUGCGUCUGCACAGCGGCCAAAAGCCUUACGCCUGCGAUCUGUGUCCGCAGAAGUUCACGCAAUUCGUGCACCUGAAGCUGCACAAGCGACUGCACACGAACGAUCGGCCGUAUGUGUGUCAGGGAUGCGACAAGAAGUACAUCAGUGCGUCAGGGUUGCGCACACACUGGAAGACCACCAGCUGCAAACCGAACAAUCUGGAGGAGGAGCUGGCCAUGGCCGCAGCAGCGACUUCCGAGUGUCUAGACAAAGACUUGCCGGAGCCGGACUCUCGCGAGGCUUACGAGCAGCUGCAGCAGCAUAUGCAUCCAGGACAUGCGGUGCAUCCGAGUCUGCGGCAUUUGACGGGCGGUCAAUCGCCACCGCGUCUCAUACCGCUCGGCAGCAACGCGCAGCCGCCGCAUUUGCAUAUGCCACAUCCACAGCAGCAGCAACAAUCGCAACAGCAACAGCAGCAACAACCAUCAGCUGGCCACCUGUUGCAGCCACCGCCCAUGCUGCUGACCACAGCGCCCAAUGCGCCACAUCAUCUGCAACAGCAACAGCAGCCAACGGAGCAUCAACAGCUGCAGCAUUUGGGUCCAGCCGCCCAUCAUUUAUCCCCCAAAUCGCUGAAGCAGGAGGCUGGCUAUCUGCAUGGCCACGGACACGGACAUGGUCACAGUCAUGGUCAUGCUCAUGGUCUGGGACACGGACAUGGUCAUGUUCAGGCGCAGGAGAAUCGACCCUCGGUCAUUGAGUCCUCCAAUCAGCCCAUGAUCAUUGAGUGCACGUAGAGAGCGCAACAAAAAAAUAAAAGGAAAUUCUAAUUAGCAACUAAAGUGCAAUAGCAAACAAAAAAAAAAUAAGAAACUUAAGAAGUACAGAACACACACACGGACAGACGCACGAGACUGUAGCACAAGCAUACAUAACGGUAUUAUUCUUAGAGUGUACAUAGGCAGGAAAACCCCUAAAAGAAAAACUUACAAUCCACUCAAAAUUUUAUAACUCAUUUCAAGAAAAGAAAACGAUCUCAACAAUUGGCAAAAAGAAAAUCCCCAACAAAAUGUGAAAUGAAAAACAGCAAAAAAAUAUACUGCAUAUUAUUUUUGAUAAAUAUUUUAUAUUAAAUGAAAUGAAGAAGAAGCAUUGUUUAUAAUAAAUGAGCGAAAUUCAAUAAUAAGCAAAAGUAACAACAACAACAACAAACAACAUGAGAAACAUGAAAAAUGCAUUUAAAUUUGAUUUGAGUUUUAGGCGCGCUUAGUUUGUAAAUUUUUGCAUACACUUGUGCAUAAAAGUAAACACACACACACACACAUCAUAUAUAGUACAUAAACAAUUAGAUUCAAGUUGCCUUAUUUGAAUUUCGUUAGCACUGAAAGAGAGAGAGAAAGGAAAAAGAAAAAACACAAUUUGCUUACAAUUCCAAAUUUUGAGCAGAAAGCAAUAAGAACAACAAACAACAAGUUGGAGGCAUAUGUGACGUAUUUUAUAUAUGAAUAUAUAUACAAUAUCGAUAUUUAAUAUAUAUAUUUAUAUGUAUUUUAUGUGCAAAGAAUUUUGUAAAUAGACCGAGAGACAGAGAAGAAUCAAAAAGUAAAAAGUAAAAAAAUGAAAGGAGAAUGCCUGCUUAAUUCGAUUAGUGUUUAGCGUAUUAAUUACAUUUAGCCACGUAGUGAUUAUCAUUAUGAUUAUUAUAUAUUGAGUACGAACAAAAACCAAAAACAAAACAAAA